GAGACAACAGGCGCCAGGUACCUGCGCAAGUCUAAAGAGAACCCGUUCAUACCCAUCGGGGCUUUCGCGACCGUCGGCGCUUUCGUCAUGUCGGUCAUCAAGUGGCGGGAGGGCAAUUCGCUCCACAUGCAAUACUGGAUGCGUGCGCGAGUCGGCUUGCAAGCCUCGACCGUCGCCGCUUUCGUGAUCGGCGCGUGGCUCCUCGGGGAGACCAAGCAGCAGAGGGAUGCCCGUGCGCAAGCGGAGAACGAGGCGCAGGCAGUGCGGGAGCAGGCGGAGUUCAGAGAGCGGAUGAAGGCGGCGGAAGAGGCGCAGCGGCUGGAG